AUGCGGCCAGCCUUGAAAGGCCGGAGGGCCCUCCCGUCGCCAGCCGUGCAUCUGGUCUACCCCGGUCAACAGACGAAGAAAAACCAAAAACUCCAUCAUCGACCCAUGAGGAUGGGGCCGGGGAUCAUUUUGCAGCAACGGGGGGGUGACGAAACAGACGAGGUGGUCACACAGGAGCGACCACGUUUAGGACAAGACGGCACGACUGAACUUCUAGCGGAAGACGCAAGGGGGCGCCGUCUACUCGCAGCUAGUGACCAGAACGACCCUCCACUUGGCGGCAUGGGUAGUUCUUCUAGGCCAUCGUCUUUUGCUAGGUCGGACUCAUUUGCCACGGCGGUAGAAGUGAGGCCGCUGGGCGUGGAAACGGACAGUGCCGAGGAAGGAGUCCAGCCGCCGGUGAUGUCCACCUCCUUCGAGGAAGAAGCACGACGCGAAGAACUUGCGCAGAAUCCUAAAGAAGAGCCGCCGAGUUAUGCCAAAGAGGAAGUCGAAGUGGCGGACCCACUUACGGCGCGCCGCGGCAGUGGCAGCUCCAGCACUUCGGGAGGCCCGUCAUUGACCUCUACUUCCACCCCGAACUCUUCCGGCGCAUCGGAUGACCCAGCUUCCUCGGGUUCGGCUGGUGCAUCACAGUCGUGGUGGAAGUGGUUGGGACGGAUGUUCUACGACAAGUCCUCCGGCGCAUCGGCGGACUCCGCUGCGACCGCGUCACCGUCUUGGCGGGAGACGUUGCGACGGAUGUUCUACAACCACCGGUCCGGGAAGUUUGACAAGACCCGGCCUCUGCGCCACUUUCACAUUUUAGACGACGACGUCCUGCGGGUGUAUCCAAGUACCGACGACCUCCUCGCGUGUCAGUGUGUCUUGCUGAAUGUUACGACGGAAGAUGCUGUCGGGAACACUAGCGCUAGCGGUGCCCCUCCUACAUCAUCAGAUGUCCUACCAUCGCCGUUACUUGAAGAGGUGGAGCAGAUGAACCAGAUGGAGCACAACCUUACUGGUGCUGCAUCAAGGAGCAGUACGACGAAGGUCCUGUCGGGAGCAUCACAUGAAGACGCCGAGCACAAUCUGCCACAGCGCAACCAAACAAGAACGGAACCUGAACGAUCGAACGAGUUGGAGAAAAUCCGGCGGCUUUUGGCUUUUUCCGAGAACCGCGUACGGUAUAACGGUGAGCGCUAUUACGUACCAUGGACAUCCAUUGACUGGCUUCGAUGGACUAUGAAGAAGAGUCCGGAGCUUCGGGCCUUCAUGCUAAAGGAUAUGUUGCACAAUGCAGAAAAGAGGCGCUCGUGGUGGGAUCGCGUCCAUGAAUGGUUUCACGAAUGGUUUCCCCUCCCCGGGUACCAAAACGAUUUUGACAGGGCGCUCAGUGACUAUGAGGCACUGGGAUUUUUCAGCCUCAAUUCUGCACAGUAUGAUACGGUGCACGACGACUUGACGCCGCUCGAUGCGCACCAAGACCUACACGACUAUGAUCCCUUCGUGCGGUACGAGCACAGCUCCGAUCCCGAUCACUCCUUCGUAGAUCCCUACCUGGCGCCGGUCAGCGACCGCGUCGGACUGCGGUGGUACGACCCCAUGCCGAAGAGCAAUCAGCACGACUUUGUCGACGUUUUGGUCCAGAAGCCGCUCUCCGAGCGACUGCAGCAGGACGUGUGGCGCAGCGAGGUGGAGCCCUCGGCCCCCGCGGACCAGUGGGCGUACUAUACUGUGCCGAGGUUUUACAGGGUAAGCUGCCAACUCAGCUGUGAGGCACAAUUUGCACAGGACCGGGCUCGGCUUCUCAGCGAUAGCGAUUUGCGACAACACCUGUGGUGGUUUUCCGACAGGUUUCUAAUUAAGUCAAACAAGAGUGACAACUUUUCAUAUCGCACCCUCGCAAUUGUUCCAGCGACCGCGUUUUUGAUUGACUCAACACUGGUUCGCUACAUGAAGACAGGGCUGCACUCGGUUGCCAAAGUAGAUUUUCGAGAAAAUCUAUCGGCGUAA